AUGCCUCGUGUCGGAAGGAACUGCCAUACGUUUUCCAAGGGCGGUGGCCCCCUUGUCGUCAACAACGCAGACUUCCAGCGAUCUCCGACCACGAGGUUGAGGUCCGGCAAGCGCCUACCAAGAGACUACAAUUUUCAAGCGCUACAAGGUCUCCAUAAUGCACCAGCUUCUGAGGUAGUCUUUACUUUGAUGCUCAAGAUGGAAUAUUUCGAUGCCCUAAUGGUGGACGCAACUCGUAACGUAGACUCGCUGAGCGCGCUGCUGCAGAUUCUGAUGAGGGCCUGUGGCUACCAACAAACGGCGCACCUUCGUCUCCUACUCACGGCGGUGGCCGUAAAAGAUGGAUUUCUGCAGAAUGUUGGUCAACAGAUGACUUGUAGGAAACGGGAGCCGUUGUUCUGGGAGAAUUUCAUAAAACCGCUGGUUAUAGUUCUUGAGCGGACUGUAGAGCUAGUCCCGCGCGAAAAGACAACGCGUUUAUUUGGAAUAACUACCCUGUUGCUGGACGUUGUCAACAGUUAUCUACGGGAGUCGAAGCAGGUAGAUGCCACAGUGAUUGACACCCUGGAAAGAGUGGGACUCCAUCUUGCAAGGGCCAAUGAAGAUGACCUCAGAGGGUUGGGGCGUCCUCGUGGUGGUCCUUUUGCGGGGGAUGGAAAUGGCGACGGGAAGCCAUCUACGCUUCCUGACGCAUUUCUGGUGGGCUCGCAAUUAAACGAGAAUUUCGACGGGCACCCUCUUUCUAUCAAAACGCUUUCGGACUAUGUUGAUGCUCAGUACUGGAACCUCAGGUGUUUGUUCCUUUCGCCACUUCUAAAGCUUCUGAAGAGGCUGCAAUCCUUUCCCUUGCCGAGUGACGCACCUGGUGUUGCAAUAUACACUAAGGUCAAAGUAGGACAGCUUGUCUGCAUCGCGAGUGGCGUCGGCCACAAGGUUGUGUUCAACAUAGUAGACAAUAGAUCGUUGGACAAGCAGCUGCUUGUGGGCUCUACUGUGUGCCUGAGUAAAGACAACUUCCACACUGUCUUUUUGGGUACUGUAAUUUGGAGAAGCUUGAAAGAUGACGAUCGUGGACACAUUGUGGUAGCAUUCCUUGACCCAAAACGUAUUGAUGCGUUUGUCUCUCUAAGGGGGUUCGUCAUGAUUGAAUGCCCAGAGCGCCACGAGGAUUUCAAUCUUGUGUUUGAAGUGUUGAGGCAGUGCGGAGCCUCACAAUUUGAAUUGCCGUUUGAAAGGUACAUAAUUGGAGGCCAAAACGAUCUACUACGCCCAAAGUACAUCGACGGAAACACCACCUUCAACAUGAGCAAUCUGUUUCAAAGGACUGUGUUUGUACGCCCUAACAGAGAACGGGACUGGCCGAGCUACAAAGAAACUGAUCUGGAUUCGUUUCAGUACGAUGCUCUGCAGGCUGCCUUAUCUAGAGACAUGACACUCAUAGAAGGCAUGCCAGGCUCUGGAAAAAUGUUCCUGACAAAACAUCUCGUUGGUGUUAUGCUAGACAACACAGAUGUUUGCCGACCAGAAGGGCCUGUUAUAAUUGUGACUAAAGAUGAAGAGUCCCUUGACCGAGCCCUUAAAGAAUUUCAGAACACAAGUGUUAUAAAAGCAAAUGCUGCUUUCAGUUAUGCCGGCAAACCAACAAAUCCCGCUACUGGCACGAGGGAGAUAUAUGAAGUGGUCGAAUCAGCCUCUGGGCGCCUGCUACGCCAGCAUACCAAAGAGCUUGGACAGCUAAGGUCUGUGAUAACCAUGGAACAAGAGCACGCAGGGCGCAUACCCUCUAUGCUGCUUGGAGAAAGUGAACUCAAGUCUGUAAUGACCGACCAACAUUACAAGAGUCUUUUCUUUAGCCAAGAUACCGUUCGGGAUAACGUACUCAGUACGUGGAUGCAGUUGACAAACAGAGAUGUGGUAUCGAGAUUUUUUCCCGAAAAUGAGAAGUGUCUCACAGACGACGAAGUAUACACUUUGAAAGACGUUUGGGCCCUUGACAUGGAAAGCAGAUACCGCCUGUAUAUCUAUUGGGUCAGUCGUUAUGCGUCAAAAAAGGGUCGAGACGUGUCUGAACUCGUGGAAAGGUAUAGGUCCAUACUAAUGCUUCAACGCGAAGUGCAGGAACAAAUGCAUGCUGAAUUCUUGAAUGAUGCUGCAAUAAUUGGAGCUACAGUGUCUUCGCUUCCAAAGGUCUGGAAGACACUGCGCAGCCCUCGGCCGCAGAUGGUGGUAGUUCACGGGUCACGGGAGAUUCCAGAGGCCUUUCUUCUACCAGCAGUAGUGCUGGAUCCUCAUCAUCUGGUGCUUUUUGCAGACACUGAUAACAAGUUCAGUCACCAGGAUGACGCUGGGCAUUCAGUAGACUCAUUAUUCAACCGCCUUGUCCAACAAGGGCUUCCCUGUUGCCAGCUGUUCGGCCAGUACCGUCUUAGUUACCAGUCAAUAAAAGUGCUGGAGGCGUUCAAAAGAAAGAAGAUGUCAGAGAGGUAUGAAAUCUUCUCACGUGUGCCUUCAGUGCCAGGGGUGUCUUGCAAUGUACGUUUUGUGAGCCACGAAUACUGCUACGACAAGGACAACCUGAUUGCAUGCGCUCUUGAAGCUGAGUUUGUGGCCUCCCUUGUCAAGUAUCUCUUGCUUCAAGGUUAUCUCCCUGGUCAAAUUAGAGUGUACACCUGUAGCAGCGGCCAAGCGGAACUCAUUAAGUCUAACAUGAGUGACCUGAGCGAGACUCCUGCCGUCGGUGAAGUGGUACAUGCCAAAGGACACCAAAGCGAAGUCGUCCUGCUCUCAUUCUCAAGCUGGUAUUCUCGGAAGGACGGCGGACAUCGAGACCGUGACUUUUACCAUGCUUUGGCUUCCGCAACGAAAGGCCUGUACGUUAUCGCAAACAUGCGAUACCUGGCAGAGCAUGUUCAGUCGUGGAAGGAGCUAACCCGGGUUCUCGAAACAGAAGCGAUGGUCGGUCCGCUAGAGCUUCGGUGCCAACUCCACCCCGAAAAGAGGACGCUCGUUUCAAACGCCAAGGACUUCACUACAGUAUCGGAAGGUGGCUGCAGUACACCUUGUGAUGCUCAACUCUCUUGUGGUCAUCCAUGUCCCAGGAAGUGUCAUUUGUCAGACAGAAACCACACCCUGACCAAAUGCACAAAACCGUGCACGAAACUUCUCCCAUGCGACCACGUUUGUAAGGCGCUUUGCGGGCAGCCUUGCUCCGAAACUUGCACUGUUAUGGUAAACGUGUUUAGUCCUUGCGACCACGUCGUGAGAGUUCGCUGCAGCUCUGUUUAUGAUCCACACACGGUGCGCAGUGCCUGCUUUGAUAUGUGCAAGAAAAAGAUAAGCCGAGGUGUGAGGUGUACCGGAGUUUGCGGGCAGUGUUACGUUUCAGGGGCGCAUAACGGCGAUGAGCGGCCGCCUGUAAGAGAACCCAACACGUCAUGCAACGCGUGUCUCGUCAUGUGACGAUCAACAUUUGAGCCAUGUGUAAAUAUUGUUUAUUUUGGUAUCAUCAUUAAAACGCAAAUGUUGUCUGUUCACCUCAAAGACUAG